AUGCCUUUAAUAGGUCCUUAUUUAGCUCGAUUAUUUUUUUUACCAAGUUAUGGGUACACUCACUUAUUAUCAUAUCUAGGUAUUCGAAAAAGUUAUGAUCGUAUUGAUGAAACAGUUUAUAUUGGUAUAUUACCAACAAUUGCUUUACAAAAAUAUUUAAUUGAACAUGAAAAAGUUGAUGCUGUUAUAUCAAUGAAUGAAGAUUAUGAAUUAACAUAUGUAUCCGAUCCAAAUCUUUGGACUAAACAUGAAAUUCAACAUUUACGUUUACCUACAGUUGAUUUUUCAAAUCCUCAAGUUGAAAAUCUUUUUCAUGGUAUUGAAUUUCUUCGAACAGUACGUCAAGAAAACAAAAGAGCAUAUAUACAUUGUAAAGCUGGUCGUCAACGUAGUGCUAAUUUAGUAGCAUGUUAUUUAAUUGAUACAUAUGGGAUGACACCAGAAGAAGCUGCUCGUCAUGUUCGUUCAAUUCGACCAAGUACAAUAUUUGGUACACGUGAAAUGCGACGUUUACAUGAUUUUGUUGAACAUUUACGAGAAGAAUAUUAUAAAAAACAUCAAGAACAGAAUGAAAAAAUAAAAUCAUCAACAUAA